AUGGUCACGCGCGGGCCCACGCCAACCGCUUGGCUCCGGCAAUUGGAUAAUAAAGGGACAAAUUGGGACCCACCGACAUGUUUCCUCGCGCGCCCCACUUCUGCUGUCGAGAGCACUCACUCUGUGGCUCUAGUGGCUCUUCGGUGGCUUAUGGCAGCCGAAUCUAAAGUAGAUGAUAGCCUUUUCUGGCGAUUCCACAUUGAUGAGCACGGGCCAGUUUAA